AUGGGCCUUCACCUAUCUCAGCUCUGCCGAAAGCCGUCUGGAAAGGAUCGAGAAGCGAGAGAAGUGACCUCGAAUAUAGAGCACACGCAAGAGAAAGCCUUCGCGGUGCUGAACGAUUACUUGGGCCUUGAGAGUCCAUUGCCACUCGAUUUGGCUGUAGAGUCCCUCUUGAAGCUCUUGCCUACGGAUGCUCCCGACUCUGAGGAGAUCUGUAGAUUUGGAGAGGACUGCUUUGAGCUCGCUGAGAUGGCUUCUUAUAAAACUUUGUCACAUUCGAGAUUGGCCCAAUUGCUUGAGGCUCUUGGUCUUUCAAGUCAUUUCACAUUCCUUGCCAAAGAGAAUGGCAGAGUCUGGCGUUUCAACCUCCUCAAACAUUCCAUGGAAGACUUUUGCGAAGGUCCUGAUAGCGACAAUCCCGACAGAUAUGUGAACUAUAACUCAUUCUUAGCUCAUUUAUACGAACAUCGUAUUUUCCCGACGGAUCCCACAUAUGCUCUGUGGGCUAUGCGUGCUGCCUUUGAAGACGAAAGAAGCCACGAGGGGAAGGAAGUUCGCAGCUCCUGGAUUCUGGGAGCAGCGCAGUGGAUUUUGUGGAAUGGGCAAAGUAUAUUCAACCUCAUCCUGGAGCCAGCUCUCUAUGAUGUAACAUAUGAGACUUGGCCGGAUAGAGGGGCAUGGGACUCUGGUAGCCUUUACAAUGGCACAACCGGUCUUUCCCUCGAAAGGUGGCAGUUUUGGAAGCGGCGAUUCGGGGAGGUUUCGAAGGAUUCUAACGUUACAGAUGAGUGCAAGAUGGUCUCCGCUAGGGCCAUGGCGAUGAUGGAUCUAUUUGAAAAGCAUAUGACGUUUUAG